UAAUCCCUGCCAAUCCUCGUCGAAGUACAGUUAAUGUUAAAAAAUUUUUGUACGUAAAUUUGUAUGUGUACCUGAACAAUUCAUUCAUUACUGUAUAAUAAGAAAAUCAUAAAUAAUUUUUGGAAUAUUUUGGUAAACUUGACGUGAAAGUAAAAAUGUUGAAGCCUUUAUUUCACCUAAUCAGCUUUCUCCAAUUUUUCUUCGGCUGCUAUUAUGACUUUAUGUACGUGCAAGUGCCUAGCGCAUCCACCCACACUCCAGAUUUUGGGUCCAAGUUCAAAUAUCUGACCUAUAUAAAUGCUAUGCUUCAAACAACAUACUAUGCAGUGGCUUUGUUGAAUGACUUUAUAGGAACCAAUGAGCCAACUCCAACACAGAAGCCAUUAAUUCGUCAAAUAAAGGAUUUAAUGUUCAGUGCUCUGGCGUUCCCUCUGUCAAUGUUUGUUGGACUCAGUUUUUGGGGAAUAUAUGCUGUGGAUCGGGAAUUAAUCCUGCCAAAGAGUUUUGACCCAUAUUUUCCUACAUGGUUAAAUCAUGUUAUGCAUACCAACAUCCUGUUUUUCAUAUUCGCUGAACUAAUUAUUACAUUCAGAAUGUAUCCUCAAAGGAACCAAGGACUUGCCAUUCUAUCCGCAUUUAUGUUGGCCUACAUGAUUUGGGUGCACUACAUCUACUUCCACACUGGAGGCUGGGUGUACCCUAUCUUGUCUGUUUUGAAUUGGCCUCUUCGAAUUACGUUCUAUAUAUUUAGCCUUGGUUUAGUAAGUGGCCUUUAUACUUUAGGUGAAACCUUAAAUAAAACUAUUUGGUCUAAAGAAGUAGAGAAACAAGUCAAAUCGGGCAAGAAAAAAGCCCAAUAGAAUUUAUUUUAUCUAAGUAUUGAAGGUUGUUAGCUAAUUAUAGAAUUCUGGUGAAUGGUUAUGAAGUUAGGUAAUUUAUGAACAGUAUAGAUAACACUUGUGUGGUUAUUCACCCAAGGCUUAUGACUAGUUAGAUGUUUCUUAGCAUGCUAUGACACUAUUUCUGAUAUUUCAGAGCUGUUACAUGCUCCAAUGUUACAGGUUGCUUGGCAAGGUGAGGGCGACUACCCUCAUUUAAAUUCCUGUAGCAUUAUCAUUGUCAUUCACUUUUUCCUGACACCUGGACAAAUUUUGGAAACUAAACAAUUUUAUAAAAACUGCUCUGAAAUGCCAAGAAAAGAUUAAAAAGGCGUAUAGUGUAGUAAGGAACCUGUAACCAGUGACCAUAAUUUAAUCUGUGAACAAGUUUUUGCUAACAUUUUCUUCUAUAGAACCUGAAAUAGGUAUUUUGUUAUAUAGUAAUUAGGUGUGUUUUAAUCUUGAUAUCAAAUAAAGAUAUCUUCUUUGUCUUACAAAUCUGCAAUAAUUUAUUGUAAUUAUGUGAAAUGUAAAACACAAUAGUAUUCUGGAUUCAAGAACCAAUUCAAGAAAAGCAAUAUAUUAUUAUUUGACUUCAAAAUUUCCAUUUAGAAAAAAAGGUUUACUGAUAGUAGCCAGGUUCGCAAAGUAGUAUAAUGCGUAUUAAGUAGCCACGUAAGCUAAGUUUGUUGUCCCAUUUUAAAUUGCAAACAUAAUAUAAUACCAGUGCCUGUAAUGAUCAUAUUAAAAUGCACUGCCAUGCAGUUUAGACUUUGCCCAUUGAAUGUUAGCCUAAAUAAAAUAGGAGAUAAAAUAAUAUAAUAUAAUUAGAAUCAAUGGCUCCUAAACAACUUUAAGUAAAUCGUGUUACAUUCCAAUGUGCUCUAUUUAAAAAUAAAUAAUCUGGAAUAAUAGAGGCUAGAAAAUUUUAAUGUAUUGUGUAUUCAGGCAAUAAAUAUAUUAAAUCAGGGAGUUUAACUGUCACCAUAAAUGAUUAAAAUGAUCUAUAAUAAGGUUAUCGAAGAUACGUAAUUGCUAAAUUAAUGCAAAGUAACGAUUACUGUUUUGAUAUAGGCAUAUCUUGUGUAAUAAUGAGAUAGUGAUGUUAUGUAUUUCGAAUAUGUUUAUCAUUUCCUUGUAAGGGUUAUUAUAAAAUGACACUGCAUCUUUAGACGGAAAUAUAUAGUCGAUGUCCUAAGAUACUUGACCCGCUAACCGAUUAUUUAGUUCUGAGUGAGAUAUCAGUGUAAAAAAAGGUGUUAAACACACUAAAAUAUGAUUUCUUUAUUGCAUAUUUAGUGAAUUACAGAUCAAAUUGGCUUAAAAUGUUUUAAUUACAUUACGUAAAUACAAAUUUCAACCAAAAAGCUGUAAUAAUUCCUUUAACACUUUUCCGUUGAAAGCGUAAGAAGGCUCUUAGGACCAAACGGUUGGCUAGGCGGUCAGCAGCUUGAUUUUUAUUGCCUUUCCCGAUGGGAAACUGCGUCUUUUCAGAGCCGAGGCGUAUAAUAUUGCGGAUGGACUACCUGAUCGGAUCGAUUCCGAUUUUAAUUAAAAUCAAGGCGCAGGUAUCUUAUGGCAUCGAAUGUAUUAGCGCGCUAGUAAAUAAGAGGUGAAAAUGUAUUAUUAAAAUCCACCCAACGAUUCUUAAAUAGGGUUGAUUCUGUUAAGGUCUAAAAAUAAUGUCCCUAUUACAGUAGUUACAAGUAAAAAGAAGGCUAUAAUAUUAGUACCUACUGCCUUUUAUAGUUUGUUAUAAUAGGCAAGUUCACUGUACAGCUUUAUUUUC